CCUAGGCUAUUGUGUCACCUCCUAGCUGCAUCAAGCACAAAUAACUUACAUCUGAAUGGCUAUCGCGCAAAAAAUAUCUUGGAUUUGGCGCUCGCGGACCGCACCCGACACCUCUACGGACCGCGCCGACUCACCAAAACAGAAUUUUCUCCUGGGGCUGCAUGCGACUGUGACUAUGCUCUAUUCAAAUCGAGCUCUGCAGGAGGCUCAUGCAGUGACUGCCGCGGCAUACUCUCCCGGCGGGGCUUCUGAUAAUUAUUUCUUUUCCGACGUAUAGAUCCUUCUAUGUAUAUAUAUAUCCUCUGACACCUCUAUUGCCUCUCCAUUCCAUUGCUUCCCAUCCAUAUCAUGUCUUCCCAAGACGACAUACAACCGAGAGCCUUCCGUUUCCGGGAGAAUGUGGACUACUUGGACUCGUCCCCCAACGCCUCCUCCUAUCUCACCGACAACCUCAACCUCAUGACUUGUGUCAGAUACACCAAUAAUCACACCUCCGACACCGACCGCAGACUCAACAACGCGUGCUGGAGGCGAAUGUCCAUCAACUUGAACCGUCUCACCCAGGCCAACCCCUUCGUCAUCAACUGGGACAAGAACAGCGACUUGACCUGGCUCUACGGCCCCAAGUUUGAGGCUGCCGACCCCCACCCUUGCCACUACACCUCGCAGCCACCACCAGUCAUCCAGCAACAAGCACUCGACUCCGACGACGGGUUCGUCUCGGGUGCAGCUUCCAUCUCCGACUCCACCUCAUGCUCCGACCUCGAUCUUGACGACGACUCGAGCUCCAUUUCCUCCAUCGACUCUGGGUACGAACCAGACUACACCCAGAAAAAGAUCACCCCUCCGUUGCGCAAGAGCUUCUACUACGAAGACGAGUCCGAGUCUCAGGACUACGACUACCAGUUUGGGUUGAAGCCCAUUCUCCGCAGCACCAAAAAGACAUCCAGAAAAGUGCGCAGAUCCAAACGGGUCUCGUUCAACCACAUCAUCAACUCCAGAGAGUUCAUCAACGACAUCUCGUUCGACUACGACUUCCUUGACCAAGCUUGCUUGUGAGCAGUCUGCAUUUUCAAUUCUUGGGUAUAUUAUUAAUCGACAUUGGCACCAUAGAGUGGUUUGAAUGACUGUAGCGUAGAAGCGUACUAUUCUCAUGUGAGAAGUGUCGAAAGCGCCGUGGGCCCGUCAUUUGCC